GAACCUCACGCUUACUAACGCACACAAAUGCCGGUAACAGAAAUAAACUCUGAAGACCAGUUCACGACCUUGUCGAAGACGAAGGACACGUUGAUAUCGCUUUAUUUCCACACGGAAUGGGCCGAGCCUUGUAAGACCAUGAACUCCAUCUACAGCACUUUAUCUGAUACGCCAGACAACAAAGAGGUGUUAUUCUUAUCGAUUAAUGCCGAUAACCAAAGCGAUAUUUCCGACUUAUUCGACGUUUCUGCUGUUCCUUAUUUCAUCUUGAUCAAGGACUCCACCAUUUUAAAGGAGUUGAGUGGGGCGGAUCCCAAAGAAUUCAUAGGGACCUUGAACGAGCUAAGGGGCACCACUAGUACCGCCGCCACCACCGCCUCUCCCACCCAACCAGCUUUGGAAGAGGCUCCAAAGUCUCAAGAAGAUGAGUCUCCUGAGGCUUUGAACGCCAGAUUGGAGAAGUUAACCAAGGCUGCUCCAGUAAUGUUGUUUAUGAAGGGGUCUCCAUCGCUGCCACAGUGCGGCUUUUCGAGACAAUUGGUGGCUAUUUUGAGAGAACAUGAAGUCAGAUUCGGGUUCUUUGACAUUUUGAAAGACGACUCGGUGAGACAAGGUUUGAAGGCAUUUAGCGACUGGCCAACAUUCCCUCAACUUUAUGUUGGAGGCGAAUUCCAAGGAGGAUUGGAUAUCAUCAAAGAAAGUAUUGAAGAUGAUCCAGAUUUCUUCAAGCACGCUAUAGAAGCUUAAUGUCCGUCGUUGUGUAUAUUUGUAUUGACCUGGUAUUUACAGUUAUUUAUCAAUUAUAAAAAGUCCGAUUCAUCCAGGAAUUCGUAAUCGGACUCAAAUGGUAAUGGUUUUU